AAUUAAAGAGCAAUAUUUGGUUGACGCAUGUUUUUUAUUUCCUUCACUUUCCAAUUAUUAAACUACAAAAAUCAAGUCUAAUUAAAUUAAACCCAACAAUCUUCUCUGGUGUUCACCACACUAUUGAAAUCUUAUGAAUAAGUAUUUGGAGGACCAUAAACAAUGCAAUUAAAAAUACCAAUUUUAGCAUUAAACUGUUUCAACUCCAGCCGUCUUAAAUGCCACCCUAGAACAUAAGCAUACAAACUAAACUUAAAGCUAUUUUUUCAAGUCAGUGAACAAUAUAAUUGAAAAUCAUUUCAAAUUUCCUUGUGAAGUUAAUAUCAUUUAAAGUCCAUUUUAAGAACCGGAUUGAACAUUUCUUUCGGUAUGUUAUGCUGUUUGUAAUGAAAAUGCUAUUAUUCCAAAGGCACAGUAGAGACAUACAAGCUAUUUUUUUAAUUGCAUAAACCAUACAGAUUUUUUUUCCUUUCUAAACCUCAGCUGUCUCCAAACAACAGUCUUUUGACAGAAGAUUGACUUUUAUUUAACGAAUUGCCCAUGGUUAGUUAGGUAGGCUAUCUGAAUGGUAGACAUCCAAUAGACAUCCGAGUACUACUGGGCAAUCUUGGAUUCCUUAUUACGAAUAACAGAGACCACUACAGCAUUUUACGAACGGAUCAAUUUCUGGCAAAACUUUUCCCCAGUUCGGAAAUGAAUUAUUCUUUACCUGACAUGUAUGUAUGGCAGUAAGUACAAACCUUGAAAGGACGAGGGGAGGAAUAGAACUGGGAGAAAAGGAAAAGGGGGGCGGGGAAGGAAGGGGCAACUCCUUUUAAUGACAGAGUUUGUUUUAGUUUGUUUAUUGUAAAACAGAGUUCCUUAAACAUUAAAUUUGAAGAUGGAAAAAAAAACCGCCCCUUUAUGGCAAAGUGCAAAGGAAAUUGCAUAGAAAACAGACAGCAAGGCAUUCAGACAGAUUUUAUGGUAAAAUCUUUGCAAUCCCAGUAAAGUGCCAUUUGCUUUGAAGUGCACGCGUGAUUCAGUAAAUGACUCAUGUUAGCAAUUAGAAAUUGGUCAUUUGGGUCCCUGAUUUCAUUUGAGGCAAGAGAGGGGCGACUUUAAGGGGGCCGAUAAAUCUCUCUCGGCUUAAAAGGCAGAGCGAGGCUAAAGUGUGAACUUUUUAUUUCAGCAACGGAAGCGAGAAAUCAGUGAUUCAUUAAAGCAAAGACCUCCUUGGAAGCUGGCAGAAGAGGAGGAAAGGAAACUAAUUAUGUCCUCUGUGUCCUCUUCCCCCCCCCCUUCUUUUCCGUGCUCGCCCUGACCAGGGUAACAUCUCCUUUUGAGGGUUUGUCGGAAACAUUUUUUUUUCCCUCUCCCCCUCACCCCUUUCUCAAAGAGAGAACGAAAAAAAAGUCAGCAAAGCAACAAACUCCAGGUGGCUCUCAAGCACUUCACUGCCAAAAAAACAGUCUUACGCUAGAAAACAAGUCAGAAAGGCAGAAAGGGGCUCCCUAGAGGGGAUUGGUUCAGGCUGGAAGACAGCAAAAUUAGGAAAGCAUGAGUGUACAACGCACGCUGGUGGCCAGUGUGCAGAAGAACGUUUUAGGAGCAAUUAGGGAGAGUCAAAGGAAGCAGUGGCUGGUGCCUCUUCAGAGGCGAGGAAGGAUAGCGGACUUUUUACCCCCAUCUAACAUGGUGAAGAAAGGAGUGAAGAAGAGAACAAAUUAGCUACUGGAAAAUCUUGUGUGAAGGAAGGAAGAUUGAGGGCCACAAGCAGCAGCAUCUACCACUGCCACCCAAGUGACACCGCUUCCUGGGAAACUACAGAGGCAGAGCACAGAGAAUUUGAGUGAGAGAGAGAGAGAGAGAGAGAGAGAGAGAGAGAGAGAGAGAGAGAGAGAGAGGUAACCAGCCGUUCAGAGGUGAUUUGUGCCCCUGAGUUAUGGAUGUUGGUGCGUUCACUUCAGGCCAGAUCAGAGCUCUGAGGAAGAUAGCCAGCAGCAGCCAACAGCAGCUUUCUACUCGCCUUUUACCGGGUUUUACCCUUCCAGUAUGUUUCUUCUGAUGAGACAUUUUCUAACGCCGAGAGUUUCAGUACAAUGUGGAAAUGGAUACUGACACAUGGUGCCUCAGCCUUUCCCCACCUGCCCUGCUGCUGCUGCUGCUUCUUGCUGCUCUUCUUGGUGUCUUCUGUGUCUGUCACCUGCCACGACAUGGGCCAGGACAUGCUGUCACCGGAGGCCACCAACUCUUCUUCUUCCUCUUCCUCCUCCUCUUCCUCCUCCUCCUCCUUCUCCUCUCCUUCCAGCGCAGGGAGACAUGUGCGGAGCUACAAUCACCUCCAAGGAGAUGUUCGCUGGAGGAAGCUGUUCUCUUUCACCAAGUACUUUCUCAAGAUUGAGAAGAAUGGAAAAGUCAGCGGGACCAAGAAUGAGAACUGCCCAUACAGUAUCCUGGAGAUAACAUCAGUGGAAAUAGGAGUUGUAGCAGUCAAAGCCAUUAACAGCAACUAUUAUUUAGCCAUGAAUAAGAAAGGAAAACUCUAUGGUUCAAGGGAAUUCAACAACGACUGCAAGCUGAAGGAAAGGAUAGAGGAAAACGGAUACAACACCUAUGCAUCUUUUAACUGGCAGCACAAUGGGAGACAGAUGUACGUGGCAUUGAAUGGGAAAGGAGCUCCAAGGAGAGGACAGAAAACACGAAGGAAAAACACCUCUGCUCACUUUCUUCCCAUGGUGGUACAUUCAUAGAUGAAGCAUUUCUUGAAGCAAGUGGAAUCAAAAGCUCUCUUCUUAAGAGUAUCUGGUAAUCCUUGAGAAGAGUAGUCUUGAAAAGCAAAGACAUUACAGACCUCUGCUUGUUUGAAAGAGAGGAAGUCUUUGAAGGUUUUGUACUCACUGCUGGCAAAAAAAAUCAUUUAAAUUAGUUCUGUGUCAUAUCUUAUAAUGAAGAUAUAGACUGGAUCAAAUGGGAUGGGUGCUCUUCCCAGAGUGAACAACAUGGCUGUUUUUUGUCUUGUUUUGUUUUUUAUUUCUGUGAUAGAACUUGGAGGACGUGAGACAAUCAGAUGAAUGAUCUUCGGGGAAAGUUAUUUAUGGAAUACUAACUCAUAUCAAAGACUUUCAAUGCUCAUUCAAGCCUGAUGAUCCAAUGAGCAGUUAGACACGCAAGCAUUUACUGGAAGCACUUGGGUCAUAAUGCACAACCAAAGGAGUUUUUGGUGUGGCAGCGUGGAAGAAUGGAUAGGAUUAAGAAACAUAAACACAGUAGUGCAAAACUGUUCUAACAAAACGAAUAGUAUGGUAUGCUUGUGCAUUCUGCCUUCAUCCUUUCUAUUUCGUUCUAAGUUAUUUAUUUAAUAGGAUGUUAAAUAUCUUUUGGGGUUUGAAAUAUUUUCCUCAGCAGCUGCCUUUCGGUUUGUCUUUUCUUUCAGCAUAUCACCUUCAUGUUCAUGAAGUAAUAGUUUUAAUAUUUGGCAAACAUUUGGAGAAUGGGAAAUGAAUGUGGCUGUCAGACCAAGGUGGGGGAGCAGAUUUUGUCUCUAACCUGCCUUCCUUUGGCUGACAUUGCACUUAUGUAAUAAGCCCCAACAAACAGCGAAUCUGAGAAGGGCUGUGGUCAGUGUAAGGUAUCUGCCAGCCCCUGAAUACAUUGACCCCAAUAUAUCAUAUCCAUGAUGAAAUGAGCACAAAUGGCCAAAUUCUGUUAUUAGUAAGGCAUUCCUGACUCCUAUUGAAUCAGCUUGGGAAUCCCCAUUCAAAGAAAGUAGUUAGAUCUAAUUAUAAAAAACAUAAAAUUGCUUGGCCCACAUACUUACUAGUGACUCAUUGAUACAUAUCACAGCAACAAACAAUGAAAAGCCUGUCUGGAUGUAUAGGAACCAUUUGUGACUCUAUCACCAUCAGUCUCCCCUAAAGGAGCUUUUGAGGCAUUUGUUAUUAAGUACAACUCUUCCCAUGAAUUCGACUGAGUAAAUCUAUCCUGGCAUAUGUGUAAUCAUAUACUGAAAUCUGUUCAAGCUGUAUGAUCUAGUCUUUUUUUUUUAAAUCUUCUUUUCUGUAAAUUUAAAGAGCUCUGGAAAGCUCCUUAAUAUAACCAUAUGGAAAUUCAUUUUGUUAGAGCAGGUAAAUAGAGAACAGUACAUCAGAGUGUACCAGUCUUCACAUUGUAUUCCACUAAAUAAAUACAUAAGCCUUCUUUGCAGUGUCUGUAGUGAGAAAAAAUGUAGUAUAAUAUUAUUUGUUCUAAAUACUUUAAGUGAUAACUGAGAUUAUAUUGAUGCUGCAGUUUUAUCUCCAUAUUUCUUGUUGUGAAAAAGUCUGUUUAUUUUUAUUGUUUGGAAACUGUAUUUUGGUACAAAGGAGAGACUCAGUAAAUGUGGCUUUUUACUAAAGUUUAACCUCUAGAAAGGCUGGUGUUUUGUGAUCUUCUUAUAACUUAUUUGAGUCAGUGCUUAACCAGCACUUCCAGUGUUAAUCUGUUACUUAAAUAUUAGCUGUAUAAAGAAGCUUUCCCAUAAAGUACUGAGUGGUCAGACUUUUCUCCUUUAAGUAAAGUUGGAUGUUUCAAAAAAGAAACACAUUGGAGGCACACAGCAUUUUGGCUUAUAAAUAAAGUUGCAUUUCAUGGUAAUUAGGUUUCAACUUGCUUGUUGACAAAUGGGAUUUAAAAAAAAAUACUUAUUCUUGAAUACAUAUGGUUGGAAUCCUGAUGUUAAAAGUUAACUUGGUAACAGAACUGAAAGCAAAAAUGCAAUUCAUCUCUAUCAGGGUCAGAUAUUCUUGGUUACAUAUUUUAAAAUAAUAAUUGGGUAUGGCAACUCAACAUGGACCACCCACAACAACAAUGCACCAUUUGGUUAGACAAAUACAGUAUUGGAUGACCACUCAAACAGCAUCUAGGGCAUAAACUGGGUUCUCAUUUCACGUAAUCGUUUAGAUUACCAAAGAGCCUACACAUAAACAUUCAUAAUUAUAGGAUUCAAAACACUAAAAUAGCUUCUAGCAAAAUGUAUCAGUGCUUGCAGAGGCCAAGAAUAGAAAAUAUCCAAAUAUCCUUCUUCCUUCUCCCUCUCCCCUCCCCCUACCAAGUGAACAGAGAUAAAGACAGGAACUAUUUCCUGAGAAGUAAGAAAAAAAAUCUCCUGAUUUAAAAAUGGUGACUAUGUCAGACAGUACCCUGGUCCCCAUUGUGGCUGGACUGCUACUGAAGAUAAGGAGUGUCCAAUCCUGAGCCCUUCAGGUUAACAACUUCCUGGAAGUUUGGGCAACUCGGCCCAUGUGGAAAAUGUGGACCUGGGAUGUGACAGUGCUUCAACACAAGCAUGUGUCCGUGUGAAUGUUGAUAACUGAGGGGAUGCCUCAUAAAGAUAAAAGAAUUGCUCCUCCUUCCUACCUCUCCCCAAAGCUGAACCAUGUACAGUAUGUUACCUUUAAAUAAAAACAAUAAAAUGCUGGGAAUAGAAAAUA